AUGACGUUGCAGGUGGAGGAGGGGUCAAGCGCAGCAGCAGCAGACGCUCUAGCUGCUAGGAGCGCCGCCGCUAGCGCCGUGGCGAAGCCGUUCAUGAGCCGAAAGCUCGGCAGCUUCGAGAAGAUGCUCACGCAAACUCGGGACGGCGCUGGCCCUGCCGAGGACGGCGUUCGGACUCUAACUACUCCGCACGUGUGGGCUGCCGUGAUCGACGGCGACUUGCCGAGGAACUCGCUCAAGCGCGGGAUCGAGGCGGUCCUCGCCCGCCACCCCAUGCUCCGCGCUUGCAUCCGCACGCCGGACGGGCCUAAGGAGCCGCUGAUCGAUAUCCGGGGCGAGGAGCGGGAAGACGGGGACCCCCUCUACUUCUGCGAAUCCAAGUGCGAAUCGCUGGGGGCGCUAGCGGAGCGCGUCUUGGCCCCCGAAGAAGACGAGAUCUCCGGAGAUGAAGCUUUCGCGCGGGAGUGGCGAGGGCGGCUCGAGCGCAACCUGGACAACGCGCGGUUGCCGGACCAACGGAGCUCGAACGUGAUGCUGCAAGGGAUUCUAGAGGCCGCAGCUGGGAAGGCAAGCGGCCCCGCGCGUUCAGCCGAUGAUGCAGGCGGGUUUGAUCUGCCCCCCAGCAUGGAAGCUGCGAUUGUGGAGGGGAAACAAUUCCGCAGAAACACGCUGGGGUACAUGUGGCGCCAGGCCACGGUGGCGAUCGCAAAACCCAUGGUCGUACCAGACGGGCUUGCCUCUGUAGACGAGAGGAGCGAGGGGGGCGACGAGGGGCCGUUCGGGGUGUCUAGCCGGAAAAGCGCGUGCGAGUUUUCGUCGGUGCCGGCGGACGACGUAUCUGUGAUGCUGCAGGCGUGCAGAGAACGAGGGCUAACCCUGUCGGGAGCCCUGAGCGCCGCUUGCCUGAUGGCGUGCAGCGACGUCGCCCAUGCCGAGGGCAGCCGAGGGUCGAACCGUUACAAGUUUCUCCUGGCGGUUGACCUUCGGCGUUUCGGCACCGGGGAUUACUCCGACAUGGACUGGACGGGGGGCACCGUGGCGUGCGCGGGGGGGGCGAUCGACUACGCGGUGAAGGUUCCCGCCGGGAGCGGGUCGAGGCUCGUGGGACGGGACGGGGAGGAGGCGGCGCGGGUGGCGCGGGAGGAGUUCUGGAGGCUCGCUGAGCGAUGCAAGACCGCCACGCGGGACAUGGUGGAGAAGGAAACACUGAGGGAGGCGGUAGCAGUGUUCGACUGGGCGAUGGAGAACAUACACAUUUGGGCUUCCGUCGACAUGCAGAGUCGAAACGCCAAGACCCUCGGGAGAGCCUACACGUGCGGUGUCAGCAACAUGGGGCGGUACCCAUUCGAUACCCAGGUAGGCAAUCUUUCUCUCAAGGCGGUGCACUACGGAACGAGCCAGUCCGCCCGCGGAAGUUUGUUCCAGCUCAGCUGCGGUACGAUAGACGGAGAGCUUUUCAUGACACUGCAGUUCGCCGAGCCCCUCCUGACACGAGAAGCAGGGGAGGCCUACUUGCGGGGCAUCAUCGACAACCUGCGGGCCGCUUGCGUAACUUCCUCAUGA